UUGCCUUCCCGCCUACUUACAUAGGUUCCUAACUCUUCUGCCCUCGGACGGCAUAUACUCACUCCUCCCCUCACACACGUCACCAUGUUAAAACAAGUAAUUUCUAAGUCGGCCAGAGCUGUAUGCUCCAACUCGAGAACAAUCGCUCAACGGCCUUUGCUACGGACACAAUUCUCGCCGGCACCUUUAAGUCCUCUACGAAACGUAAGAUGGUAUAGCGACCAACCGGAAUCGGCUGCAAAAAAGGAAGACGAAGGGCCAACUGCGCAGGUAGAAGCACAGGAUAGCGAGGCAGCCAAACCAUCAGAUGCUGAGGCUGAGCUCAAGAAGAAGUUGGAAGCUAAAGAAAAAGAGGUCAUUGACUGGAAAGACAAAUACCUACGGUCGGUAGCCGACUUCCGUAACCUUCAGGAUCGAACACAGAGGGAAAUGAAGGCAGCACGCGACUUUGCUAUCCAAAAGUUUGCCAAAGAUUUAGUCGAUAGUGUCGACAACUUGGACAGAGCCCUAAUAAUGGGCCAAGAGAAGAUCAAGACCAUGGAAGAGGAUCAGAAAAACGAGGAUCUGAUCAAUUUCUACGAAGGUGUUAAGAUGACCGAGACCAACAUGCUCCAGACCCUCUCUAAGCAUGGCCUAGAGCGUUUCGAUCCCGAGGGAGAGAAGUUCGACCCUAACGAACACGAAGCAACGUUUAUGACCCCAAUGCCUGGCAAGGAGGAUAACACCGUCUUCCACGUUCAGCAGAAGGGAUUCAAGCUGAACGGAAGAGUGCUCCGAGCCGCCAAGGUCGGCGUGGUCAAGAGCCAAUAAAAGAUCUGGACGAACCCGAUUUAUCACUGUAUAAUACGAAAGACCUUGUAUACCAGCACGACGGGAUUGGCGUUGGGUAAUGUAUAUAAAAAUGCUCCUCUCAUGAAAAAAAAGGCGGUCGGCGGAGAUUCCCUGCUUUCAAGGUAUACAUGCAUGGCAUAGCAUGGCUUGGCUUGGCUGUUAAUAUCACAGCUUCUCAAUCGAUAUGGACUCUAGGGUUUUACGUUAUGUAGAGCGGU